UGGUGUAGAACUUUUAAUACUCAGGUGAGAAGCGUAAUAAUUAAAAUUAUCUUCCUCUUGCAAAGACUUGUUACGCUUCUCAGUAAAAAUUAAUUGACGCGUUUUCUUAUUUGGUCCUUCGGGAAGUGUCUUUUGUCACACAAAAUUAAUUCUGCUGGAUACUCUUUAUUGAAUUUUUAAUGCUUUGCUGUAACGAUAUCUUAAUUGUUGUGGCUAUAAAUGGAAGAGAGAUUAAAUCAAAUUACUGAAGUCGUCCGUUUCAUAACUGAAAAUGACGAUUAUAUUAUAAAAGGCAAUUGGUUUUGUCAGCAUUGGCGAUGCAAACACGAACCAAAAUGUAAUAAUGAACAAGAAUGUAGAAACAGAUGCCCACACGAACCGGAGUGUCAAACCGAAGAGCAAUGUCGAACCUUAUGGGUAUGCAAACACGAACCGAUAUGCGAAUUCAGAGAACAGUGUCAAAGAAGAUGGUCAUGCCGACAUAAUCCGAUGUGUCAAAAUAAAUGGUUUUGUAGAAAAAAUUGGAGAUGUAUGCACCCAUCACGAUGUAAAGACAUAUGGGAAUGUAAGUACAGAUGGACAGAAGAAUACGAACCACAUUGUCAAGGAAGAUGGCAAUGCUAUCACAGACAGAAAUGCCGAACAAAAUUACAAUGUCAAAAUAAGUCAUUUCAAACCGAAUGGAAAUGCCAGCACGAAGCCAAAUGUUAUAAUAAAUGGAAGUGCCAAAGCAGAUGGCAGUGUCAACACAAAAAGAAAUGUGAAAUGACGAAUUCUAAAAAAUCGAAGUGCCAAGCAAAAUGUCAACAUCAAUGUAAAAACGAAGAGGAAUGUCUGAAAAAAUCGCAUCAGGAUGAAAACGAAAAGGAACGUCUGAAAAAAUUGAACAAGUUUGAAACCAAAUGGAAAUGCCAGCACCAGUGCGAGAACCUAAGGGAAUGUAAAGAAAAAUGGAAAUGCUCACAUGAAAACGAACCAAAAUGUAAAGACGAAUGGAAAUGUCGAUCCAGAGGUUGGAGAUGCCAACAUAGUCCGCCAUGUGAAGGUUCUUGUCAAGACAAGUGGGACAGAGAAAAUGAAUGGAACUGUAAUCAUGCAAAAGAAUGUCAGACUAAUUGGCAGUGUCUAAACGAUCCACAAUACAAAAAUAAAUGGCAGUGUCUAAAUAAAUGGACAAUAGGAUAUAGCCAGAAUGAACUCAAAGCAAUUUUAGAAAAAUCCCACCAGCAACUAUAUAAUUUUUUUUCACAACAGUGCAAAGAAUGCGGAAAAAAUUGUAUUAUUUCGAGUUUCAUCCUAUAUAAAAGGUCAACAACUAUGUUCUUGGAGAGAGAGAUCAUUUGUCACCUAGUAUGGGCAAAAGCAAAAAAAACUAGAGGGGAUGUGUUUUAUAGAGUGUUUGGCAGCUGGAAAUGCGAUGAAAAUCAUUCUUGGGACAGCUCCUAUACUUGGAUAUCACUCCGAAAGUUUGUAGAGAAUCAGGCACGCUUGUCAGAUCGUGAUUAUUGGAAAAUUAAAUGCCAUGAAUGCCGGAGCGAUGGCAACAUUUCGAGUUGGCAGAUAAUUGUAGGAUCAAAAGACGGCCCCCUUCAUGAAAGAGAGCUAUGUGAAAAGUGUCGAAGUGGUGAAGUGUGUGUGCAAACAAACUCCUACUUUGGCUAGUGUGAUGCAUUAUAAAUGUAAUUAAUUUAUAUUUAGUAGGUAGUUGUCAAAGAGUAGCCCUAUAGGUGGGAACAUGGAUUUUCUUAUUGAAUUAUUUUUGAAUAAUAUUGUUUAUUUGCUUUCAUUUAUUAUAGUAUAUUAAAUACUGUUAUUAAAUAUACAGAAAUUCAUAUAUUUAAAUUAUUUUAUAAUAAAUAAAUUAUUAUAUAACGUUAUUCUAUGCCAAUUUUUACAAUUUAUUAAGAAAAGAAAAAAUAUAAAUUAUCAGAAUUAUAACUCUGGAAUUCAGG